CCCGUGCAGUCACCCCUUGUCUUUUUCUUUCUCCUGCCUCAUUCUCCUGAAGGCCAAUUGCGACUAUUACUUUUAAUUCUGAAAUGCCCUGGAACACGCGUGCCCGCAGCCCCAGCAACGCCAGCUAUUCUGGCCCCAUCACACGCAAGCGCCAGAAGGUAAUCGACCAGCAGAAGGAGCACCGCGAGCGCCUCAACAGUAUCCUGCACUCUGGCAGUUUCCCCGAGCUACCCACACUGCCCCUGCCCCGCCUGCUCAUGCAGCGGCGACUGCGGCAGCUCCCCCAAAGCACGCUCUCCUUGCGCCUGCUGCCGGCAACGCUGACCGGCGAGAUAGUGCGCUCGUCCUCGCGCAUCUACAACGCCGGAUUCAGCGCCGACGGCAGUCUGUUCUAUCAGAGCUCGCAGGAAUUCAAUGUCAAAAUCUACAAGGUCGACGGGAACGCACGCCUGCGGCACAUCGAGACCAUGCAGGCCGACUACGGCCGGUGGACCGUGACCGACACCAAAAUCAGCAGCGACAACGAGUUUGUCGCCUAUUCAGCCGACGACUCGGUCCUGCAGAUAGGCAGGCUGGGCGAGCAUCCGCAGUCGUAUGAUUUGUCGACAGACGACCUGGAGCCCGACCAGGAGAGCCGCAUCAUUCGGUCCGCCGCCAGUGUCUGGUCGCUGGCGUUCUCGCCGGCCCGCGGCCAUAUCGCUACGGGAAACAGCGCUGGCGAUAUAGCGCUGGCGGAUUUUUCCUCGCGCAAGCGGCUGUUUCUCGUGCGCGCGCACUCGGAAGACGUCAAUUCGAUUGCCUUCUUUGAAUCACACAAUCCGCAUUUGCUGUGCUCGGGCGGAGACGACUGCACGAUCCGGCUUUGGGACACCCGCAUACGGCCCAGUUCGGAUUUGCCUGUUGGCAACUGGCAUGGACAUACCGAAGGCAUUACACAUGUGGCAGCAAAGGGCGAUGGGCGGUACUUGGUCAGCAAUGGAAAGGACCAGAAAAUGAAGCUGUGGGAUGUGCGCAAAAUAUCAAACAGCAAGAGCGCCUCCAACCACCUGUACACGGCCUUCGACUACCGGUACUACCAUUAUCCGCACAACCCGCAGAGGGUCCAGGCCGCCAACGACCUGUCUGUCAUGACAUACAUGGGCCACACAGUGUACUCCACUCUGAUCCGCUGCGCGUUCUCGCCGCUGCAUACCACUGGCCAGCGGUAUCUCUACACGGGAUCGGCUGACGGCAGCGUGUACAUAUACAAUCUCGAUGGAACGCUUAGACAUAAGCUCUAUACCGAAAUGGGCGUGCGCCGCAGCCAGUUGGGCGUAGCUGUGCGCGAUGUAUCAUGGCACCCAAGCCAGUCGCUCUUAACAUGCACGUAUUGGACAGAGACAUUCAGUGGCAUAAUGCGGUUCGACCACCAUGAAGGAGAGUCGGUGGAGAUUAUUGACAACACUGUGCCUUACCCACAGUCCAACGAUGAGUUUGACUCGGACUCGGAUAGCUCCAAUAUCCUGUCCUCGCCCGGCCGCAUGGUGUUUAUAUUCCCAUUCUGAACCCAACGUGU